CACUUUGUCACCGGGAGGAGCGCUCGCGCGGGUGAAUUUGCGGGUGAUUUAUUGUUUUUUUACGUUUAAACAAGUAAAUAUACCAUAAUGUCGAAACGUUCUAAACGGAUUUUAGAUCUAGUAAAUUCUAAUGAACAAGAUCCAGUUUAUCAGAUCAUGGAAGAGACAACAAGUGACUGUGGAGAUUAUUCCAUACCUACAGAACCUGAUCGAGAUUCUUCACCAAUACGUGUGCAUUCCGAUGAAGAAUUAACACAAUGUCUGCAAGAUAUAAUGCAUGAUAAUAACGUGUUCAGUGACAAGAAUGAGCCUAUAAAUACUUCUAUACCUGAAGAGAGCAUUCCUGAAAAAUCCAUUCCUGAGAGAAGUAAGCCUGAAGAGCCUGUAGUUUCCAUAACAGAAGAAACAGAGGCAAUCUCUAAAAGUGCAUCACCGUCAAUUGACAACUCAACACCAAUACCGUCACCAGUUCCCGUUCACGAAGAUCCAUGUGGAAAUAAUUUCUGUGCCAUAUGCUUGGAAGCGUAUGCCAUUAGGCCUGAUGAAGUCUAUCUAAAUCUUCCAACACCUUCAACUAUAACAGGCACUUCCACUAACGUAACACCGACUACACAAAAGGUUGCCAAGAAGAAAACAUAUAAAACAGACAUAGGAAAGAAGAGACUUGUACACAAAGAGCUUUGGUGUGUAGUUCAACGAAAGAAAUUAAAAAAUGAAGGAAAAUCCUAUAUAAAUAAAAAAGGGAAACAAAUCGAAGAAAAGGUGUUAGGCCAGCCAUGUGGAAAGAAAUGUCGCUACAAGUGUACUGAAAACUAUGACGUAAAGCAAAGAGAGGCUAUCUUUUCAAAAUUUUGGAAUCUGGGCGAUCGUAAUAGGCAGUGGGAGUUUGUUAUAAAGUACACAAAAAAGAUUAACAAAGGGCGUAAAACCACUGAAAUAGUAAAACACAAACGUGAAUAUACCUAUGUUUAUUAUCUCCCAACUACAGAAAAGGAAACAAAAAGAGUAUGUAAGCAGAUGUUUUUAAGUACAAUAUCCUCUGGUGAACGAAUAAUAACAACGGCUUGGAAGAAAUAUGACGGUAUAGCGGCUGUAGAAAAGGACAAGAGAGGAAUGUAUGACCAUAAACCUAGAGUGAUUGAUGAAGUAAUGGUACAAAGUGUAAAAGACCAUGUAAAUUGUUUGGAUCGAGUGGAUUCGCACUAUACACGCAAAGAUUCUAAAAAACUGUACUUGAAUAACAUAAAAAGUACUUCCCAGAUGCAUAAACUGUAUGUUGAAUGGUACGAUCCUAAUAUAUACAAUAAUCAAGCCAACAAACGUCAAUACCGUGACAUUGUAAAUGUUAAUUUCAACUUAGCAUUUCAUAAGCCCAAAAAAGAUUUGUGCGAAGUUUGCCAUAUCUUUGAGAACAACCAAUUUCCCACAGAUGAAGAAAAACAAAGAUUCUUUGAACAUCAAGCACAAAAAAAGAAAGCUCGAUCACUUAAACAGGCUGAUAAAACAGAAGCAUGUGAAAAUCCUGAAAUCGUUGUAGCUACGUUUGACUUUCAAAAAGUUUUGCAGGCUCCUCACGGUGAGGUAAGCAUAUUUUAUUAUAAAAGGAAACUGAAUACUUUCAACUUUACAGUGUUUGAGCUUGGAAACAAAACUGCGACUUGCUACAUGUGGCAUGAAGGUAUUGCCAAAAGAGGGGCCAAUGAAGUAUCAAGUUGUUUGUACGAUUUCAUUAAAGUGAAUGCUGAAAAAGGGGUGCAUGAAUUUAGAUUUUGGUCGGAUAAUUGCGCUGGCCAAAAUCGAAACCGUAUUGUCUUUGCUUUAUAUUUGCUUGCUGCUAAGGAGUUUGGAGUAACUGUAACGCAUAGAUUUAUGGAGAAAGGGCACACCCAAAAUGAAGGGGACAGUGUUCACGCACUUGUAGAAAGAGAGAGUGAGCGGAGAAUGAUUUACGUUCCCGAUGAAUGGUUCUGCUUGGUGCGAUGGGCAAAAACAGAAGGUAUGCCGUAUAAUGUAAGAGAAAUGACCUCACGAGACUUCUACAAUUUCAAAGAUUAA